AUUUAGAAAUGAACCUCUGAUGUUUAGAGUCCCUUGGUAACAGUAGGCAGAGAACAGUGAAAAUCAGCACUGGCGUAAAACUAGAUAUCAUUAUUAACAAGUCAAUCAUGGUCUGAUAAUUGGUUAUUCAGGGAAUGGCGGUCUUAGAAUAGUUGAAAGAUGGCUAGGUACAAUACAGAGUCAAUGGAGGAAGAGUUUCCAAAUGUACUACCAGAUCCAAAUACUCUUUCCAAACGUUGGAUUUGGAAUGGAUUAGCUUUGGAAGCUGUUAGCACUGGUGUUAGUUCAGGUGAAAAGAAUGCAAUUAAACUUUCAAAGGGUAAAGGCAGCAAGGGAGUUAAUAAUGUUAGAUUCCCUGAUGUACAGAAAAUGACACAAAAAAUGCCAAAAUCAAAUCCAACUUUAAUAGGUAACAAGAUGAAAAAUGCCACUUCACCAAGACCAAGUACAAAGGUCAAUCGCAAUGAUAACAGAUCAAUUACCCUUCAUGAUGUCAAAAAUGUUGCAUAUGAUCUUCUCUCAGAUGAAGUUACCAAGGUACCAAAUGCUUUUCAAGACUGUUUUGGUACAGAUCAAUUGGACAGCUUCUUGACCACACUUCUUUACUACUUUGAAGCAUACUUUGAGCGACAAAACCUGGAAAACAAACCCAAGCCCAUGGCCACGGAACCAAGCGCAGCAGAAAAACAAGCAAUGUCUCUGGUCAUCGCAAAGCAGAAUGCCGCUCAGAAGCUCCUUGCAAGCAAAUACUGCACGCUGAUUCUAGGCCUUGGCACCCAAGAUCAGCAUCACAUGGCGUGUGGAAAACAAAGAAAAUCCAACACUUACAAAGACAGAUCGAUGUAUGAAACGCUGUAUACUUUCUGUAGCUAUGCAGUUUGGGUUUGCUUUCGCAGAAGAGACCUCGAGUUGAUAACGCAGGAGAUAGGAAGGCAAUUCAGAUCAGAAACGUUCAACCCUGCAGGCAGGCCAAUGGAAACCUCUGACUUCAAACUUGCUUCGGAUUUGACGAAAGAAGACGAUCCUGACUUUAACCUGGCACCGUAUUCCGCGAGGCAUCGACAGAAGCGACCAGCCAUUCAAUCGAUCAUCAAUCAGAGAUCUCCAGUUUUGGUAUCUUUGUUACCGACAUCCAAAGAAGUGUCACCCUGGUUGCUCGACAGACGAAAAGGAUUACUCGCGAGUCUAGGAGAGAUGCGAGAACAAGAAGAUAUUUCAGCAACUGUUCCUUUAAAGAUUGGUAUUAUUGGUGAGUCUAUGAUUGGCUUUAAUGCCGUUACUUUGGCGCCAUUUGGGGAGGAUCACGAAGAGGAGGAUGUCAACAGAAGACCGUUUUCGAGCUCAAUGUCUCAGGAAGGAAAGGACCAAGAUGCCUUGUCAGAUCAAGAUACAGUUAAAGAUCAACCCAACGAUGACCGGCUCUCUUGAAUUUCAUUAUUCCUAAACAUCCAUCUCAUUUAUUGUAAUUUUAUCUGUAAAUAAGAAUGUGAAAUUGUGCAUGAUAAAAAAAUUUCAGAUGAAUGAAUUUGCUUUCAUGAUCAGUUUCCAAGUCAGACCUGUUUCCUUUUUCUUAUAAUUCGUAUAGAAGUUGCCUGUUAAACAUUGAAUUUAUAUUUCAAUUCAGAUUGUGACAGACUGGAACAGAAGAUUUCCAGAAGGGGUGCCGCUUUCUUUCGCUUCCGGUAGGUAAGGUAGAGAGAACGAAUUUUUGGUGAUAAUUUAUGUCAGAUUGCAUCAAUAGGGAGAGUUUACAUGACAUAUUUAUUACUGUAAAAGAUCCACAUGAACAACCGCUUUUUUUAUUUCAGUAUAUUUGAAAUUUCUCAAAACCGGGGUCGCACAUAAACGCACAGAGAUCACUGAGACUUUGCCUAGGUAAAGGUUGAACCAGAACAGCCAGCAAAGUAAGGAGUUCUGGUUCAGGAAUUAUCUUAACAAUAUUUCGGCGUUAGCUGUAAACACAUGUAGAAACGAACCUAUUUUACUCAAGCCAUAGCAUUAAGAUAAGGAAAUGCUAGCAGAACCAACGUACAAAAUGCCAACGUAGUAUGGUAAAUAUAUUGCCGCAAUUAUUAAAAAAAACAAAAGUGUACAGAAAAUGCUCAAGAAAGGAUGAAUUAUUUUCAAACGAUUAAAAGAAGAUUGUACACUCUGGGCGAGUUUGAAAAAUAGCUUGUCAAUGAGUAAUAACUAAGAUUAAUUCCAUCGCGGGGACCCCUUAGUUAUGAUAAACAACACCCUAAUCUCAGCAAAAAACAUUUUGGGCUUUUGGUGCAUCAGCCCUUGUCUUGCCUGAGCAAUGACGCAAUUUUAUGGUCAGUGUUUGAUUCCAGGGAAAAAACUGGCUAAGUUCUUUACCCCGCCACAAAAAAUGAAAAUGUUUACACCCUUCAAACACUGACUAAGGAAACUCUUACCCUGUAGGAGACUCCUAAACUAACCCAACAACGGGACAAAGACUUAUAAGUGAAGAGAAGAGGAUAAGGAGGAAAGGAAGAAAUAGAAAAGAAUUUUUUUUCUUUAUGUCUGCCAACAACGUUUUGAAAGCACACUUAUUGCUUCUUCUCUUUCUUUCUUUCUUUCUUUCUUUCUUUAUUAAAAAUUGGUACAAUUUCUAGCUAUGCAUACUCAAGCUAAUUAAAACCAACUGAUUUGAAUUGCCAACGCUAAACAUAAUGUAAAUCAAAUAUAACCGAUGUUGCUAACGUAUUCCCUGCAAAGAUUACAAGUACAAUUAAACGAUGUAAAUUCUGAGAUUUUUUUCUUGAAUAUUGAUAAAGUAGGGGAGUACUUUAUCUCAUUUGGAAUUGAGUUCCAUAUUUGGCUACAUCUUUAUGAUACGGUAUUAAAUCCAUAUAUUUUGUAAUGUGGCUCCGCUGUUUUGAAUUGGGAGUUUCUUAAGUAAUAUGGGCAUUUAUUUAUGGAAAAUAUUUCAUCCAUAAAAGGUGGAUUCAAUCCGUUAAAUGUUUUGUAAAUUUUUAUCGCAAGAUAUUGUAAAUUUUUCUUAUGAGAAGUUAUUGUUUUAUUCUUUAUUAAA